GUAUAUUGACGUUUCUCAUAUUUCUAGGUUAAAAUUUGAAAAAAUGUUACCCUUAUCUUUGCUAAGAACUGCUCAGAACCACCCUAUGUUGGUGGAGUUAAAAAAUGGUGAAACUUAUAACGGACACUUGGUUAGCUGCGAUAAUUGGAUGAAUAUAAAUUUGAGAGAAGUUAUUUGCACUUCAAGAGAUGGUGAUAAGUUCUGGAGAAUGCCUGAAUGUUACAUUCGUGGUAGCACAAUCAAAUACCUUCGUAUACCUGAUGAAGUAAUAGACAUGGUUAAGGAAGAAACCAUUGUUAAAAAUAGAGGAAGAGGUGAUAUGAAAUCUGGACGAGGAGGAGGACAAGGGGGACAAAAUCAAAGAAAUAGACCUGCGGCUAGAGGCAACUUUGGUGGUGGUAGAGGAGGCGGCAAAGCUGGUGGACAAGGUGGAAGAAACCCUCCAUUUCAGAAGCAGAAACCUAAACAAUAA